ACAGGUAAAAGAGCUUCGGGAACUCGAAAGCGUCAUUUCAAUGCAAGCGUUUAUAUAAUCAUUUUCACGUUGUUUAAAAACAUACUGUUCGGUGUAUAAAUCGUGAAACUCCUGAGUGCGAACAAUCGGAGAUUGAAGGAGGAUCGGCUGGAAAAAACGUGAGAUCGACAGAAACGAGAAUAAGACAUUCGCCAUUUGUUUUUCACAGGUGGACAUGACUGAUGACGAUCCGAUUUUUGAGUACUUGAAUAUUAAUCCCAACAGUGGUAAAAAUAUACGAAUUCAAUUAAAUUGGCUUGACAAUAAUUCUGUAAAAAUACAAAGUUACUCAGAAAAUUACCGUUUGACAACACUCGGUGAAGCGAACGAACGAAUAAAAUGACUUUAUUUCAAAUUGACAGUAAUAGCACACGAGUUCGUUGACAUAGAAGUCUCGAAUCAUAUUCAGAAACGAUCGACAGAAAAAAACAAAUGGAAAAAUGCGCACAUACGGAUUUGGGCUUUUGGUAAAGACAUCAACAUGUGGCUUCAUCCGCGAGAUUCGUUGCUCGCCUCAACUGAGACGCCCGUUUACUUCGCACGUUUAAAGCGUCGGAAGCCUGGAGGCGUGGCUUACUUUCUGCAGACAAACGCAAUGGCAAAUGUUGGAAGACUCUUCGAAAAUCCUGAGUAUUAUGCCUCGUUGGUUAUCGGAUCGGAUCCAUACACUAACGAAGCUGUAAUUACUGGAAAAUUCAAAUUAAGCGGAGAAAAAGCAACUGUUAUCAUCAGACCUGUGCCAGUAGAGAUUCCUAAUAACCAUUUGAGAAAGCGUCAUUUGAUCCACAAUUUCGGCAAUAAGUUCUUCUACAAGACACGACACGUUGCCUUGAAAGUCGCAGAUAACUUUCCGGAGAACGACUGGCUGACACACCUUGACAUUCUUACUAGCAAUGACAAUAAAAUUACUGGGAAUAAGAACUAUAAUAAUCACGAUUUAUCGAAUCCCGUUAAAAGCGUUGGAUAUGAUUUUCAGAAUUAUGAAAAUACGAUUUAUCCAAAAAUCUUUUUGCACUACGAUUGUACUUAUUUCAGGAAACCAUUUCGGGACCGCCACAGGAGACUAUUCGACACGACGCGUUUCCUCGAAUAUGUUUUGGCAUUUUGGAACGGCGUCGACCUCUCCUAUCGUCAUCUCAAAUCCCCGAGCAUAAGAUUACACAUCGCCGGUAUAGCUAUAGCAACGAAGUGCAGGGCGACACCGUACAUUGAGAAACAUACUAUAAAAAAAAGGCACAAGAGGAACAAAUUGCAAAUGAAAUUUCACAGAGACUCAUUCAAAGCCAACCGUGCAUGGUUAGAUGCGAAACAAUAUUUUUAUGAAAUAAGGAAACAAAUUCCCUUCGACAUGUACGAUAUUGCAGUUACGGUGACCAUGCUGAAAAUGAACUCUCCUGAAAUAGGUUUCGCAACGGAGGGUGGUGCUUGCGUCAUUGACGAGGAUGCAAAAGAGCAAACGGGGGUUGCAGUGAUCCAGGACAACGGUGCCUUCAGCGGGAUUGACACUGCGGCCCACGAGAUAGCACACACAUUUGGCAUAAAACACGAUGACGGCAAAAAGAAUGCUAAAUGCAAGGAGGAUUUUGGUUACAUCAUGACACCGGACACCAUUAAUACGAGAAAUUCAUCGACCUUUUCGCCUUGCUCUCGGAAAAUAUUUAAUAAGAAACUGAGGUCCGGUUCGCUUAAGUGUAUGUACAACCCGCCAGCGUGGCGAGCCAAUUUACCGAAACUGAUGCCCGGAAGGAUGAAAACUUUGAAAGAACAGUGUCAAGCUCACGGCUAUUUAGGCAUCUGUCCCGCAAGUGAGUUAAACCACUGUACCGAAAUGUGGUGCCUUAUAUCCCAAAAGAGAAACUGUUCAACUAGAAAAGUUGAUAACAUUUGCAAGAGAAUGGAUCAUGGCGCAGCGCCAGGUUCUACCUGUAGAAAAGGAUUGGACACUGGGUUCUGUCUUUCAAAAGAAUGCGUCCUUAUGGAUGAACGCGACGAGGAAAACGAAGAAAUCUAGGAAUUUCGAUAUAAGGCGGUCUAGAAUUACUAUAGUCACAAUUAAAUCAGUUUGUACGAGCUAGUUCAACGAGUUGCAAUCAAAUAAUGUUUGGUCUGUGCUAUGAACCGGACUUACCAAUAAAACGAAAAUGUGUCGUUCACUGGAAAAACGUUCAAAUAAAAAUCAAUCACGGGACACACGUUUCAUUUUUUACGAGCACUUUACCCAUUUUCAAGUAUUUAUUUUUUUAGGUCAAAAGUUAAAAGAAAAACAAACGCGUUAUUAAAAACACAAAAAAUGUAUACAAUAAUUGUUGAUUAUGAAUAAUAUUUUGACGACAAUAGAACUCGUUAUAUUUUAAGCUCGUGUCACCGGCGCGAGAGCAAUAAACUUGAAUAGCUUUUAAAUGUGUGUUUUCAGUUGAGAAACGAAUGAUAAAAAAAAAUUUUGUACAGCAAUUCUUAAAAAAUAUAUACGCCAUGAUGUGAGU